AUGCAGAUUCCUUCGUCACGCCGGCGGCCGGCCGCUGCUACUGUGCUCGCGACGUGUCUAGCGGUUGUGGCCACGGUGGUGUUGGUGCCCGGUGCGCACGCCGCUACUUCAUCUUCAGGACAACCGGCAGAUGAUGGUGUUGUUGCUGCUGCCGCGCCUGUCGAAGUGGGAGGAGUCGAUGGCGGGCAUCAUCAGCAAGCUGGAUUCAUUGGUCAGGAGCACCAGCAGCAGCAACAUGCGCUGGGUGGCAACGUCGGCCACGAAGAGACGAGUGGAGAUGUCGAUGAUGGCGAAACAGUGCAACAUGCGACUGGGAAGAGGAAGAAGCGGAAGAACAUUGUCGUCAUCCUUACUGACGACCAGGACCUGACGAUGGAUUCGCCCGAGUAUAUGCCCUUGUUGAAGGAGCAUAUAAUCGAAAAGGGAAUCACGUUUCGAAAUCACUUCACAUCGACCGCCAUCUGCUGCCCAUCAAGAGUGUCUCUAUGGACAGGAAAGCUGCCGCAUAACACAAAUGUCACGGACGUGAGCCCUCCGCACGGCGGCUACCCAAAGUUUGUCGCCCGGGGCCUCAACGAAAACUACCUGCCCGUCUGGCUCCAAGCCGCCGGGUACGCGACGUACUACGUGGGCAAGCUCUUCAACGCGCACACCAUCAAGAACUACAACUCUCCGUUCCCAGCGGGCUGGACCGACAACGAAUUCCUGCUGGAUCCGGGCACAUACUCGUACCUCAACCCAAUCUUCCAGCGAGGAAAGGAGGAGCCCGUGCAGCAUCGUGGGACGCACACCGCAGAGCUCACGGCCGAGAAGGCGCUCGGGUUCCUGAAGGAGGCCUUGGAUGCAAGGAAAGCCGAGGAGGAACAUGGGGAAGAGAAGCCGUUCUUCCUCGCGGUGGCGCCGAUUGCGCCCCAUACCAACUUCGAGAGGAAGCAGGGCAUUGGCGGCGGGCCGUUCAUGACGGAGCCGAUCCCCCUACCCAAGCAUGAGAAGCUGUUCCCCGACGUGCAGGUACCGCGGACUGACAACUUUAAUCCUGACACUCCCAGCAGUGUCAGCUGGAUCUCCAAGCUGCCAGCCCUCAACGCCUCCUCGGUGGCCUAUCUGGACCACUUCUACCGCCAGCGCCUCCGGUCCCUGCAGAGCGUCGACGAGCUCGUCGACAGCAUCGUGUCGACCCUGCAGGCCGCGGGGGCGCUCGACGACACGUACAUCAUCUACUCGUCCGACAACGGCUACCACGUCGGGCAGCACCGCCUGCCCCCGGGGAAAGAGUGCGCCUUUGAGGAGGACAUCCGCAUCCCGCUGUACAUCCGCGGGCCCGGGGUGAGGGCGGGCUACGAGGAGGAAGGAGUCACGGGCCACGUCGAUCUCGCGCCGACGGUGCUGGAUCUUGCUGGUGUCGAGCUGAGAGGUGAUUUCGACGGGCGGCCCGUGCCGAUUGAGCCUGCUGCUGGACGGGCAGACAGAGAGAUUGAGCAUGACGAGGAUGAGCCAGCGGCCCAUGAGGAUCGUGCGGCCAUUGCUGCCCAGCGCCGCAAGGUUGAGCACGCGAGCGUCGAGUUCUGGGGCAUCGCUCUGGCCGAGGGCGAAGCUGGUGGUUUCGACGGCCAUGGCCGAAUCAUCAUGCCCAACAAUACCUAUAAAGCGCUGCGUGUGCUGGGUGCGGGCUACGACUUGUUCUACUCGGUUUGGUGCAACAACGAGCACGAGUUGUAUGAUCUAGCUACCGAUCCUGGACAGCUGAACAACCUGUACCCCAAAGAGGCGUCUCCGCGGGGCGAUGACGAGAACUCAUCACCGCAAACCAGGUCGAUUCUUAACAACGUCAAGAUCCACCGCGUCAUCAGCCGCCUCGACGCGCUCAUGAUGGUCCUCAAGUCGUGCCAGGGCACCUCGUGCGUGCGGCCGUGGAGCGUACUGCAUCCCGAGGAGGAGGAGGAGGCGUUGCAGGGUGAAGGGCAAGGGCAGCAAGUGCAGACGCUGGCGGACGCGCUGCACGAACAAUACGACGGCUUCUACGCGCAGCAGGCUCAGGUCUCGUUCAACUGGUGCGACGAUGGGUAUCUGAUCGAGGCGGAGGGCCCGCAGCAGGUCAUGCAGUUCCACGAGGAUGGUUAUACCGUGUGGCCGCACUGGACUUGA